UGAAUUCGUGUUGAGCUGAGUUUGCUCCUUUCGAAUAGAUUUCUGUUAGAGUGCAUUAUAGUAGAAUGCACGAUUGUUGUCUUUACAAAAUUCUUCUAACUUUGUGUCAAAUAUUCAGAUAUUACAAAAUUUUAAUUUAAAAAACUGCAAUUUUUUUAUUGUCAUUUGUAUAGUUAUCAAAACUUGCCACUUCUGAAAGACGUAAAUAUUAUAAAAAAAAAAAAAUUCAAAAUGAGAAUUCUUUUACUAUUCUCAUUUAUUGCAAUUUUUUUGAGCUACGGAACAGCGUGGCGUACAUUUUUACGUGGUAGAAGUAAAUAUGGAAAUUUGGGUACACCAAAUUUAUCGAAAAAAUAUAAUUUACCAAAGGAACAAUGGUUUAAACAAGUUCUUGAUCAUAACACUCCAACGGAUGCAAGAACAUGGGAACAAAGAUAUUUUGUAAAUGAUGAUUUUUAUAAAAAAAAUGGACCAGUUUUUAUAAUGAUUGGAGGCGAAGGUGAUGCUAGUGCAAAGUGGAUGGUUGAAGGACAAUGGAUAGAAUAUGCAAAACAAUUUGGAGCCAAAUGUUUCCAAAUUGAACAUCGUUUUUACGGAAAAAGUCAACCGACAGCUGAUUUGAGUGUGAAGAAUUUAGUUUAUUUAACUUCAGAGCAGGCUUUAGCUGAUAUUGCUUAUUUUAUUGAUGAAAUGAUUGUUUUGCAUCAAAUUCCAUUUGGAACUAAAUUUAUUGUCUUUGGUGGUUCAUACGCUGGUUCAUUAGCCGCAUGGAUGCGAUUAAAGUAUCCUUAUUUAGUUCAUGGUGCAGUUUCAGCAAGUGGUCCACUUUUGGCUCAAUUGGAUUUUCAACAAUAUUUCGUGGUUGUGGAAAAUUCACUAAAAACCCAUUCACAGGAUUGUGUCGAUGCAAUAACUAAUGCCACUAAUCAAAUUCAUAUAAUGUUGAAUCAUCCACUUGGACAACGAGGCAUCGUUAAAAAAUUCAAUUUGUGUGAUCCAAUUGAUACGGGACACACAAAAAGAGUCGACAUUGCAAAUUUAUAUGAGACAUUAGCGGGAAAUUUAGCGGAAAUUGUUCAAUACAAUAAGGACAAUAGAAAUGGAUCACAUUAUACAAUUGAUACUGUUUGUGAUAUUUUGGUUGAUCAAAAACGUGGAACACCCGUCGAUAGAUUUGCGGAAGUUAAUAAUUUAAUGUUGACAGAUAGUAAGGAAAAAUGUCUCGAUUAUUCUUAUUCAAAAAUGAUUAACGAAUUGAGAAACGUUACAUGGAAGGAGCAAAAAAUUAUGGGAGGACGUCAAUGGUUUUAUCAGACUUGCACAGAAUUUGGAUUUUUCCAAACUUCAACAGCACGUCCAAAAUUGGUCAGUGACACUUUCCCUGUUGACUUUUUUAUUCAACAGUGUGCUGAUGUUUUUGGACCAAGAUUCCAUGAUGUACUUGACAUGGGAAUAGGACGCACUAAUGUUAAUUAUGGAGCUCUUGAUAUAAAAUUAACAAAUGUUGUCUAUGUCCAUGGAUCAAUUGAUCCUUGGCAUGCAUUAGGAAUCACCGAUUCCACGGAUCCUAAUGCUCCGUCUAUUUACAUAAAUGGAACUGCUCACUGUGCCAAUAUGUAUCCACCUUCGAAAGACGAUAUUCCCGAACUUGUUGAAGCGAGACAAACCAUUGGCAAGUUGAUUGCUAAAUGGUUAAAUAAUUAAAAACUUAAGAAAUUUAUAAAAAUUAAGAAAAAAAAAUUUACGAACAAAUUUUUGAUAUUAAUGACUGACAAUGACAAUAGUUAUAAUAAUUCAGAGGCUAUAAAAGCAAUUGUAGAAUUUUCUGCAAAAAAAAAAAAAUGAUAUAUAACUUGUAUAAAAUGAUCUAAAUAAAAUAUAAGCUUUUUUGUAAA